AUGGUUGCACCAUUUGGCUUUACCAUUGGUAAGGUUAAACAUGGAAUUGAAGGAGAUGAAGUGUACAUGGUCAGAGCUUCUAUCAUUACAGUAGCCAAUAAAGAAUUCCGGUUUUCUGAUGUUUAUAAACCUUCUUACUGGCUAUUUGUUGACACACAUAAGGGGGAUUGUCGACAACCUAAGAGAAAGGGAUCUCAGACUGGCUUCUCUUCUUUAGCAAGGGUAUCGCUCCUGCUCCUACUGUCCUACCUGCUUUUUGGAGAUAAUGUGACCUCUGCAGCCACCUGUGUCAAGAGGGAUGGAGAUACCCAGAAGACGUUAGAGAAACUGUUUAAAUUGGCCACCUUUAUGUCUCAGAUCACUAGUAGCCAAGCUGCAAAAAUGUUCACUGAAUUUGAUAAACAGUAUGCCCAGGGCAAGAACUACAAUGACAGGUUCCCUGAAAGCUGCCCCACUGAAUCUUUUGAUACUCCAGAAAACAAGGGGCAAGUUCUAGAAAGCAAUUCAGAAGUACUACUGAAAUUGGUAUGCAAUCUACUGUAUUCCUGGACUGAACCUCUGUUUCAUCUUGUGAAUGAAAUGUCUGCAUUGCAAGGAGACACUAGUGCUAUGCUCUCCAAAGCCAGAGAGAUUCGGGCAAAAUUUGGAGAACUCAGGGUAGGAGUUAAAGUAAUACUCAACAAGAUUGGAGAGAAAGACAAUGAGAUCUACGUUGCCUGGUCUGGGCUGCCAUCCUUACAGUCAAGCAAUGAAGAUAUUCGCGGUUUUGCCUUUUUUAACCUGAUCCGCUGCUUGGUCAGAGAUUCCCACAGAAUAAACACUUACCUCGAGGUCCUCAAGUACAGAAUGAUCCAUCAAAAUAACUGCUAA